GCCCCGCGCGAGGCUGCGGCGGCCCGUGGCGGCGGCAAGAUGGCGGUGGAGUCGCGCGUCACCCAGGAGGAGAUUAAGAAGGAGCCCGAGAAGCCCAUCGACCGGGAGAAGACGUGCCCGCUGCUGCUGCGCGUUUUCACCACCAACAACGGGCGGCACCACCGCAUGGACGAGUUCUCCCGCGGCAACGUGCCCUCCAGCGAGCUGCAGAUCUACACCUGGAUGGAUGCAACUCUAAAAGAGCUGACAAGUUUAGUGAAAGAAGUCUACCCAGAAGCACGGAAGAAGGGCACACACUUCAAUUUUGCAAUUGUUUUUACAGAUCUUAAGAGGCCUGGAUACAGGGUGAAGGAGAUUGGCAGCACGAUGUCAGGCAGGAAGGGCACAGAUGAUUCCAUGACUUUGCAGUCCCAGAAAUUCCAGAUAGGAGACUACUUGGAUAUAGCAAUUACUCCUCCAAAUCGUGCACCGCCCCCAUCAAGCCGCAUGAGACCAUACUAAAUAGCUGCUUCUUGUAUGACUAUUUUCAGUUUAUUCCUACUUGCUGUUCUAAAGCAGGCUUUCUUUUUGCUUUUGUUGCUAAGCAAGAACACCUAAAAACAAAGCUAAGUAUCAGAAAUGAGAAUUACCUUUUAAACCUUAACUUUUGCCGAAUUUCUUUAGAAGGAAGACUUUUUAGAGGCAUUAUCAUCCUUUUCCUGAUUUAUUAUAGUUUGAAAAGUAAGUUCAUGUGUCCAGUAUUUCAUGAUUUCUGUAAAAUAUGACCAGAAAUAUUACAGGUGUUCUGUAGUUCUGUCUUGUUUGAAUAAAGAUUGAUGUUAUAUUUUGA